CUGUGAGGAUUUGAAAGGGCGCAGGCGCUCUUGUGCUCCUGCUGCCUGAGACUGACCACGGAGAUCUCAGUUUGUGAAGGAAGCUUCAGCAGAUGAGAACUUCAGCAGCGAGCCCUUUCCACGCUUAACCAUUUUCAUGCACCUCCACAUCUGUACAAGCACGCAGCCCUGCACACUUCCUUUUCAAGCAGUGGGACAGGCAUCGCUCUUCUUCAUCUGGAGCUCCAGGUUUUCCCUGUCUAGACAGCUGCUUAUUUCCACUAUCGCUGAACCAGUAGACUUCACAAAAAUUAAUCGGCGGAAUUGUUUUCUGGAGAUUUGAGAACAGAUUCGCUAUGAUCUUUUUAUUCACAUUCCAUAGUAGAAGACGGCUUCCGUGUUUAUAUUCAUGGGCUUUUUGUCUGCAAAACUUGUUUUGGAUAUUAUGUUUUGUCUGGGGAGAUGAGCCACCAUUCAGUGUAGAGGUUUGGUUACAGAAAUAUGGCUAUCUUCCACCAACUGACCCACGGAUGUCAGUGUUACUCUCUGCACAGACAAUGCAGUCUGCAGUAGCUGCUAUGCAGCGGUUCUAUGGCAUUAACGUCACAGGAAGAGUGGACAAAAACACAAUUGAUCGUAUCACAUUAAGCUGGAUGAAAAGGCCUCGGUGCGGUGUUCCUGACCAGAUUACAGACCACUCCAAGUUUAAUGUUCGAAGGAAAAGAUAUGCACUGACAGGACAGAAGUGGCACCAUAAACAUAUCACAUACAGCAUAAAGAACUUCACACCCAAAGUAGGAAAUGCUGAAACACGUAAAGCCAUUCGACGUGCCUUUGAUGUGUGGCAGAGUGUGACUCCACUGACAUUUGAGGAGGUUCCCUACAGUGAUCUGGAAAGUGGCAAGAGGGAUGUGGACAUAACGAUCAUCUUUGCCCCAGGCUUUCAUGGAGAUAGUUCUCCCUUUGACGGAGAGGGUGGAUUUUUGGCACAUGCUUAUUUUCCAGGACCUGGAAUCGGAGGAGACACUCACUUUGACUCAGAUGAACCAUGGACAUUAGGGAAUCCCAACCAUGAUGGAAAUGACUUAUUCCUGGUUGCAGUGCAUGAACUUGGCCAUGCAUUAGGCUUGGAACAUUCCAAUGAUCCCACCGCAAUCAUGGCUCCUUUCUACCAGUACAUGGAAACUGACAACUUCAAACUACCUGAUGAUGACUUGCAAGGCAUCCAGAAAAUAUAUGGGCCACCAGACAGACCUCCACCCCCUACAAAACCACUGCCUACAGUUCCUCCACAAUAUUCACUGCCACCAGCAGCUGAUCCACGGAAGAAUGACAAGCAGCCCAAAUCACCACAGCCACCACCAGAGAAGCCUCCAUUUCCUGGAGUUAAGCCUAACAUCUGUGAUGGAAACUUUAAUACUCUAGCAAUCCUGCGACGGGAAAUGUUUGUGUUCAAGGAUAACUGGUUCUGGCGUGUCAGAAACAACAAAGUGAUGGAUGAUUACCCCAUGCAGAUUUCCAUUUUCUGGCGAGGAAUGCCUUCUAAAAUAGAUGCAGUGUAUGAGAACAGUGAAGGGAACUUUGUAUUUUUCAAAGGAAGCAGGUUCUGGGUUUUCAAAGACACAGAACUUUUGCCUGGCUACCCUCAAGACCUUAUAACACUUGGAAGUGGCAUUCCUGCCCAUGGCAUUGAUACAGCGGUAUGGUGGGAGGAUGUCAGGAAAACAUAUUUCUUCAAAGGAGACAGGUACUGGAGGUAUAGUGAAGAAAUGAGAGCCAUGGAUCCUGGUUAUCCUAAACCCAUCACAGUUUGGAAAGGGAUUCCACCCUCACCUCAAGGAGCCUUUGUUGACAAAGAAAAUGGCUUUACAUAUUUCUACAAAGGCAAAGAAUACUGGAAGUUUAAUAACAACAAGCUUCAUGUUGAACCUGGAUAUCCAAGGUCAAUAUUAAAAGACUUUAUGGGAUGUGAAACAUCUACAGAGACAGACUAUGAAAAGCCUAAUCCUCCUGAUGAUGUUGACAUUGUCAUCAAAUUAGACAACACCGCGAGCACUGUGAAAGCCAUAGCGAUUGUCAUUCCCUGUAUCCUCGCCCUUUGUCUCCUUGUUCUGAUUUAUACAGUAUUUCAAUUUAAGAGGAAAGGAACACCUCGACACAUACUGUAUUGCAAACGGUCUAUGCAAGAAUGGGUGUGACCAAUAAGAUGGUAUUUAUGAAGGCAUCGAGUUACUGAAGAUUCUACAUGAGAGCUGUUAUGCUGUGCCCUUGCAAGCAGCAGGCAUCUAUCAGCCUCAUCUAUGGCUGAUCUGAGAAAAAAAAAAAAAAAAACAACGGAUAGCCUGUCUUACAAACAAGUAAGGGUUACUUCAACUGGGAAGCUCCCUUGAUACAUAGUAUCUGCUGUUCCUUCAGUCUUUAUUCUUUAUUUGUUAUUCAGUUCUAGGCCUUUCCUCUGCACGCGCAAUGCCUGCCGAACUUCAUGAAGAUGAAGAAUAAAUUAAAGAAAGAUAGGCAAUUACUUCUCUGAUGUUUUAACUAUUGUACAUUAAAAGUUUCUCAUGGUGAGAUGAGUUUGCCAAAAGAUGUCAAAAGAAAGGUUGGGAGUGAAUAUUCAUAACAGCUUUCUCUCCAAAGAGGAUACUUCUGUGUCUGUUAAAGACGUACUGCUGCACUGAACCUUACCAAGCAAGAGAACUUAGUUAUACAACGAAACUUAAGACUACAUGAACUGUCACUGCCCAACAAACAGGGGCCAAAAUAACUACAACAUAGUAGCAGCCUUAAAUAUACAGUGUGUUUGUGCUGUGUAUAUUUUUCAAAAAUGUAUUAAGUACUCUGUAUUUUUAUUUCUGUUGACAUAUCCAUAAAAAGGCAUGCUUUUUCCAUUAUGUUUUAUUUCCCAUGCACAUUAGAUCAACAUUUACCCACCUUUUCCAAUGUUUUUUUUCCUUUCUUGGGGUAAGUAACUGUAACCCCUAAGUGUAACUUCACAAGAAAAACUUCACUUUUUAAGUUGAUAGAUAUGUUGAUAGUCAAAUGGACACCAGUAUUAUAUUACUGUACCCCACUGAGCACAUUAAUAGCAAAUUUCACAGUGGUUGAAGGAUACUUAACUACUCAGCAGUAAUUGUAGUAAAUCAUUAAAUGUAAAGGUGCUGGAAGGUGAAAUAAAACUUAAAAGUAAUUAAAAGAUUUAUUUUGUCUGAAAGCCCGACAUAAUGGAUUGGUAUAAUGGUUAAGAUGUUUAACUCCCAGACAAGAGGUGCAGGGUUUAAUUCUCACCAAGGGAAAUAGGCUAUGCUUAAAAUGAUCCACAAGGACAGCUAGCUUAGUUCUUUUCUAUGAACCUAUAAGACUGGUAUUGUCAGCAAAUGCACUUCAGUACUGACCCGUUAAAAAGAGGAAUCAUCUGUCUUAAUGUUAAGAAUCUGUAAUCGUAAGUGGCAAGGAUUAACAUCAUCAUGGAAUUGCCCUUAAAAUCCAGUAAAGAAAUGAAACUUUUUAAAGAUUAUUAAUAUACUAAAUCUUUAUUUCAUAUAAUCUGCAUGACAAAUUUAUUAAUGCAACUGCCUAUGAGAAAUAACCUCUAAGCAUAGUCCAGUUAGCAACAAAAGUGAAGUCCUUCAUUGUGGUACAGGUAUUGCAUGAACAUGGUUAUCUCUAUCAUUGGUUGCAUGAAUCAUAAAACAAUUCUCAAGGGUUUUAUCAGACAUUUAGCAUUUAAUGACGCCAACAUUGUCUGCCUUGGACUAAAAAAAUGAGCUUUCUAACACAAUUUAAUUUACAUUUAAAAUGCAGAUCUAAAGGCCUAUAGCAAUAUUUACAAAAAAAUAGAAGCUGUCUGUCACACAACAAAUUUGGCACUUGCUUUUCCUUUUAAAAUAGUUUCAGAAAUUUGAAUUUGGUUGUACCAAAGAUGGGCAGAGUUGAAUCAUCUGUUCAGAUGCAAGUUCACACGGAGACUAGGUUGAAACUCUUUACUUCCAAUAUGAUUACAAAACCAUCAUUUAUUUCAGUUGAGAUGUAGAAAUAUACUGUGCAUGUCUACUUUUGUCCUCUGGUUUUUAAUUACAAAUUAUGCCAUUAAAAAAGUUGUAGUCCACGGGUUACUAUGCAACUGUACUAUACAACUAAAAGACCAUAUGUUAUAUAUGUAUCACAGUGUUGUAUUCACAAAAAUAAGUACUACAGUGUGUUUUUGCAGAAAGGAUCAUGGUGUGUUAUUCUUUUAUUUUCAGUAUAACGGGUUUGUUUUGCAGAUUUAUCAAAAAAGUGAGUGUACACAGAGAUACUUCUAGAAAGCUUCUAACAUGGCCCUUUGCCCUCUUGACUUUUUGAAAGUUAUAUUGCUAACCAUGUUUGUUAAAGAUCAAUUUUAUUCUGCUUUUUUUUUUCCUGAAUAGGUUUACUGUAAUAUAGCAAAACUCAUUUUCACACAAACAUUUUAUAUUUUGUUUUAUAGAAUGUCAGGUUUGCUAUAUGUAUUCAGUCUCUUUUGGAAUAUGGAUGCUUUAGUAUAUGUAUUCACCUCAUCAAAAUCCUUACUGUAGAUCAGCGAUACUGUUGUGUGGAAUUUCAGCCAUAGAAACUCUCAUAUGAACCCCAGAGUUAUUGUAGGAACAUACAUUGCAGUUUAUGCUAAUUUAAAGAAAUGUGCAGCAUUUACCAAUAUCCUCAUCUCACCUAAAUUCUGUAACUAUGAUCACCUGUCUUUCAGAUAGUUAUGGGAUGUGUAAAUGUAUAAUGUGCUGAUGCUUAUUUGCACAGUACUGCAAAAAUAAUAUAUUAUUUCCCAUUCUUAAAUGUUUCGUAUCAAGCAACAAUAAACUGGAAACCAGAUGUUAGUGGCUUUCCCUUGUCCCUUGCUGUAAAAUAGGUAGUAAUUUUUGGAAUAGUAAUAUCUUUAGGCUUUCCCAUGCAAUAUAAACUUGAUUAUGUCUGUCAGAAAGCUUCGGUGUUGUGCAUCCUUUCUUUUGUAAUGCUUAAUUGAAAUAGGUCAGUGAUACAUUAUGUUAUGUCCCUGACUGCUGUCUACAGUAGUUAUUCAGUUAAUAGCUUGAAUUUUCAUUAACUCCAUUGUUUAAGACUCCUUUCUUACCUAGAAUUAUUUGUAAAGAUUGCAUUAAAGCUAGAAUAUAGUAUGCUAAUCCUGAAGAUGGCUUUGACUGACAAACACAAUGCAGAUUUGUGUGCAAAUUCAGAGCUUGCUGGUGCUAAGUGCAUUAUUACUGUUGGAAAAUUAAGUGUUAAAAGUGGUGCUUAAAGAGGGUUUCCUUUUCAUUCUCAUUAAUUGUGCUGAUGCCAUAUAAAUGCAUUAUCUGCCAGGGACUCAUCUCAUUCACACGGCACUUAACCAAGAUAGCUUUGGGUUUUAAAGAAAUCCGACUCAAUGAAUGCUGUAUACAUUUCGUAACUGUUGCAUUGUUAAAGGUCAAGGGGUCAUGUGCAGAGUCAGUUGCUGCAGAUAUGAAAGUAGGCUGAAGAUUUAUAAGGAAAGUAUUUAUGUUUACAAUAUCUUAAUGUAACCCUAUGACUGCUGUGCUCAUUCUAAAAGUACACUGAAAUGUCAACAGUUCUGGUUCAUUGGCAAAGCAUGCCCAUACUGGUUGAAGUGUUAAGGGCUGUGCAACAAUUUGAUUUUAUAUUUAUUAAGUUAUAUUUAUUGUUUCACAAGAAAGGAUGGGAAGCAAUUCUUAAUGUCAACUGUAAGUGUCUUAACUUGGGGAGGGUAACAUUUUUGAUACUAUUGCAUUAUGUAUCUUGCAUCAGCAUUUCAUCUUGUUCUAGUUAAAAAGGAAACUCUUAAUGAAUAAAUGACAUUCAGCAAAGUGUUAUUUAAA